CGGAAAGGAGCUGGUGAGGAAGCACCCACUCGUCUCGGUCCAGUUCGGAUGGUUCUCUGCCCCUGAACUCUCGUGGUGUGAGUGCCGCGAACAGCCGGAGCCGUGACGCACGGGGCCAGGUGGGUGCGCUUCAAAACCGAAAGUAAAGUAAAGUAAAGUGACGCGUGGGCGGGGGGGGGGGCAUAAGCUGACAUGGCGGACAGCCUGGAUGAAGACAUGGCGGAGGAGACCGUCCCGCUGCGGCAGGACCUCACCUGUCCCGUGUGCCGGGACGUGUUCCGGGACCCGGCUCUGCUGCCGUGCACACACAGCUUCUGCCGCGAGUGCCUGCGGAACUGCUCUCGGUCGAACCGGAAGUGCCCCGUGUGCCGGGCGGCGUUCGACGAGGCGCAGGCCAUCUCCAACCGCGCGCUCAGCGACGCGUGCGAUACCUUCCGCGAGCAGACGAGCAGGUGGACGCCGCACGGCGCGGACACCUGUCCCCUGCACCUGAGGCCGCUGGACAUGUACUGCGAGAAGGACGAAGAGCCCGUGUGCCGCGGCUGCGUCAUUCUGCACAGCACGCACCGGCUGUGGUCACUGCGGGAGGGGGUCCAGAUGUGCCAGAAGGAGCUUGGCUUCAAAGUCCAGAUUUUCCAAAAGAAAGUGGAGUCGUACAAGAAGACGACGCAUAAACUCAGCAACGCGAUAGAGUACAUCAAGUACCAGGCGGGGCUGGCGGAGCGGCAGAUCAAGGCGGAGUUCGAGAGGCUCCACAAGGAGCUGGUGGCGGAGGAAGCUCGCCGCAUUAAGGACCUGGCGGCCGAGGAGGAGGAGAAGAUCGGCGCCUUGCAGGAGCUUCUCCACAGCACCAACGACGACAUCGUUGCCAUCUCCAAGCUCAGCGAGACGCUGCAGAAGCAGAUGGGGAACGAGGAUCUUCCCCUCCUGCAGAAUUUCCAGAAGCUAAAAAGAGAAACCGAGUGGACGCGUGAAGAACCUCGCCUCACCGACCACUCUCUUUUGAACAUGGGCAAACAUGUCGGGGCUCUGGGCUUCAAGAUCUGGAAGAGCUUGCAGGACCACGUCAAAUCGAAUCCAGUGGUGCUGAACCCGAACACCGCCUCCCCCUGGCUGUCCCUCAGUGCCGACCUGUCCAGCGUGAUGGAGAGCUCCGAGCGCCUCGUCGUCCCCGACAACCCGGAGCGAUUCGACCCCUGCGUCUUUGUGCUGGGGGCCGAGGGCUACAUCUCCGGGAAGCACAGGUGGGACGUCAUCGUCGGCGAGAACCCCAAGUGGAUUGUGGGAGUCUGCAAAGAGUCGGUGCCCCGCAAGAGGAAGUUCACGGUCUCCACGGGCCGCGGCGUGUGGGCCCUAGUGCUCAGCAAAGGGGUGUACGCCGUCUCGACCCCCGAGCGCACCGAGCUGCCGGUGCAGCAGCGUCCGGAGAGGAUACGCGUCAAGCUUGAUUUCGAUAAGGGAGAGGUGUCAUUCUGGGAUGGGGGAACAACCAAGCACCUCGCCACUUUAAAACACAAGUUUGAUGAGAGGAUCUUUCCCAUUGUGGGCCCCGGGCUCUACAGCACGCCGACCACUCUGGCGCCCGCAAAAAUAGCUGUUCACACCUCGUGAUGCGCCGAUGUGCUGCACAGGGGUCGUUGAUACGAGAUGAACAAAACAAAUUUGUGGAAGGUGGUAAGAAAGUAGAUGAAUGCGUUGAAGGGGAAUGUUGGUAUUAAAUGUCCUAUUACUUGUUAAAAAGUGACUUUCUUUAUGUAUGGGGGGAAAAAACCUAAUUCUAGAUGUGCCUUAGCUGGAGGAAGUGGGAUGGAAGUGUUUCACAAUGCAGGGUGAACUGAAUGAGAAGGCUGGUUGAUGCUGGUGGCCAAAACUUUACUAGUUUGAAGAGGAGAAGAAAUAUAAAGAAAUUUAUAUAGAAGUGGGAUGUGAAUUUAAUGAAUGAGGUUGCGGGGGUUAUGAUAUGGGUUUAUACUAGUUGCGGUAUCUUAUGUUAAAGUACACAGUUUGAGUUGUCAGUUGAAUGAAAUGCAAAGUUUUGGAAAAGCCUUUUAUCUAAUCAUAAUUCUUUUACCUGAUUUAGUUUAUUCUGCUCAGAUAUAGUGCGGAUUUGUUGGUUUCCAUUUAUUUGUAUUUGGUCAAUGCAAUCCUACUGCUUUGAAUCUGUAAACGCUGAAAUUUGACACUAUCUUAUCAAUAAAACACAUUU